UCCCUGGUUGCUCUGCUGCGCGGUCUGUCGCGCUGUAAUCGCGCUGUAAUCGGGUUGUGGGAGUCCCGCAGGCAGGACUCAGGGACACCCAAGAAACAGAAAUGGACUCAGUAGCCUUUGAGGAUGUGGCUGUGAACUUCAGUCUUGAAGAGUGGGCUUUACUGGAUCCUUCACAGAAGAAACUAUACAGAGAUGUGAUGAGGGAAACCUUCAGGAACCUGGCCUCCAUAGGAAAAGGAUGGGAAGAAAAUGACAUUGAAAAUUACUAUCAAAACCAGGGGAGAAAACUACGAAGUCAAAUGGUAAAGAAAGUCUGUGGAAGUAAAGAGGGUAGUCAAUGUGAAGAAAACUUCAGCCUUAUUUCAAAUCACAAUCUGAACAAAAAAACCACUGGAGUGAAACCAUGUGAAUGCAGUGUGUGUGGAAAAGUCUUCAUGCAUCAUUCAUCCCUUAAUAGACACAUCAGCUGUCACACUGGACACAAAGCAUAUAAAUUUCAAAAAUAUGGAGAGAAGCCAUAUAAGUGUAAAGAGUGUGGUAGAGCCUUCAGUAAUCUCCAGUAUUUUGAAAAACAUGAAAGAAGUCACAGUGUAGAGAAAACCUAUAAACAUAAGAAAAGUAGGAAAGCCUUUAGUUGUCCAUGUUCACUUCAAUUACAUGGAAUAACUCUCACUGGAGACAAACCCUAUGAGUGUAAACUAUGUGGUAAAGCCUACACAUCUUACAGUUUCUUACAGAAACACAAAAGGAUUCAUACAGGAGAGAAACCCUAUGUAUGUAAAAUAUGUGGUAAAACCUUCCAUUGUUUUAUUCAUGUUCAAGCACAUGGAAGAACUCAUACUGGAGAGAAACCCUAUGAGUGUAAACAAUGUGGUAAAGCCCACAGAGAUCCCAGUUCCUUGAAAAUACAUGAAAGAAUUCAUACUGGAGAGAAACCCUAUGAAUGUAAACAAUGUGGUAAAGCCUACAGAGAUCACAGUUCCUUAAAAACUCAUGAAAGAAUUCAUACUGGAGAGAAACCCUAUGGAUGUAAAAUAUGUAGCAAAGCCUUCACUUAUCCCAGUUCUCUUCAAAAACAUAAAAGAACACAUACUGGAGAAAAACCUUAUAGAUGUAAAAUAUGUGGUAAAGCCUUUAGUUCUUCCAGUCAGGUUCAAGUACAUGGAAGAACUCACACUGGAGAGAAACCCUAUGAAUGUAAAAUAUGUAGUAAAGCCUUCAGUUCUUCCAGUUAUGUUCAAAUACAUGAAAGAACUCACACUGGAGAGAAACCUUAUGAAUGUAAAAUAUGUAGCAAAGCAUUCACUUAUCCCACUUCUCUUCAAAAGCAUAAAAGAACACAUACUGGAGAGAAACCUUAUGAAUGUAAACAAUGUAAUAAAUUCUUCAAAUUUUACAGUUCAUUACACAUACACAAAAAAACUCACACAGGAGAGAAACCCUGUGAAUGUAAGCAAUGUGGUAAAGCUUUCAGAGAUCACAGUUAUCUUCAAAAACAUGAAAGAACACAUACUGGAGAGAAACCCCAUGAGUGUAAGCAAUGUAGUAAAGCCUUCAGAGAUCACAGUUCUCUUCAAAAACAUGAAAGAACACAUACUAGAGAGAAACCCUAUGAAUGUAAGCAAUGUGGUGUAGCUUUCAGUUUUCACACGGAUUUCCAAAUACAUAAAGGAACUCACACGCAGAGACACUAUGAAUGUAAGAUGUGUGAUGAUGCAUUCAGGUAUCCCAGUGAUCUUGGAAUACAUGAAAGAACUCACACUGGUGAAAAACCCUAUGAAUGUUAGCAAUGAAGGUAAAACCUACAAAGGUCACAGUUCCUUAAAAACAUGUGAAAGAACUCAUACUGGAGAGAAAUCUUGUGGAUAUAAAGAGCAUGGGGAAGCCCACAGACAUAGCAGUACCUUUCAGAGAGGUACAAAAUGACAGUCUAGAGAAAAACUCUGUGAAUAUAAGUAAUUUGGAAAAGCCUUCAGAUAUUGACAAGUUUUAAACCCAUGAAAGGAAUAACCUGGAGAGAAAUCAUAUGCAUUAAAAAAUGUAGUAAAGCAUUCAGUUGUCUUGGUUAUCUUUGAAAACAUGAAAGAAAGCUCACUGGAGAGAAACCCUUUGAAUGUACACCAUGUGGUAAAGCCUACAGAGAUCACAGUUCCCUCAAAACAUGUGAAAGAACUCACGCUGGAGAGAAAGUCCAUGAAUGUAAGAAAUAUAGAAAAGCCUUCAUUGAUCACAAUCUUUAGAAAAUGCAUGACAAGGCACACUGGAGAAAAACUAUAUAAAAGUGCAGAAUGUGGGAAAGGCUUCAAUUAUUCCAUUUCCUAUCAAAAGUACAAAAGGACUCACUGGAUAAAACCCCUUGAAUGUAAACAAUGGGAAAUGCUUGAAUUGACCCACAUUUUUACAUAUGAAAACUCCCAUGUUAGAUAAAUAGAAAUGUUAGUAACAUGAGAAAGCUUGGUAGAAAUUAAUCUAUGCAUAAUGUGCCAGAAAAUUUUCAACAUGAAAGAGCUCUUAUUAAAGUUGUAGAUAUACUGUGCUUUUAAACAUUUUUUAAAGUGCAUCAUUGGAGUAUGGAUUUCUACUAAUUACUUUCAGAAAUGAAUAGUCAGGUGUGAUAACUCUGAGAGAUAUAUUUUUUCCCAACAAUAACACAUAAGAUUAAUGGGUAGUAGUUUUCCUUUUUAAUUAAAUAUUUAAUAUUUUCUCACCAUUUUGAAGCCUGGUAGAUCCAUGGUGAAUUGAAGUGUAUUUCUUAUAUACAGGUAGGUUAAAAUUUUUAUAAUGUAUUUUAUUUGUUCAGUAUUGGGGGUCAGUAUGUUUUCAAUUAUGUUUGCUUGUAUGUGUAUUUUUUUUGUCAAAUGAACUCUUCCAUAGGUGUUUCAUAGAAAUACUUUAUGAACUGUUUUCUCAGCUGUUGUAUGCUAUCAAAUACUGAGCUUUUCAUUUCCUGAGAAGGUAUGUUAAAAAUGUCCCGUUAUAAUUAUGGAUUUUCAAAUAAAUUUUGCAAAUCUCUUUA